UCGUGGUGCUUUUCCGUGCGGUUGGUAACAUCUGCCCCUUCCUUCCUUCUUUUGCGCCGCUCCUCCGGGCAGAACUGCGAGAGAACGUGAUCGAUCGAAUUUCAAAAAAGGCACACACCUACCCCCUGUGCUCCCGAGAUCACGAAAUUACUCUAAAUCUCCUGAUUUAAAAUUCAGGGGUUCGUGUUUCGUGAUUUAUUCCAUUCCGUGUGUGUACCCAGUUUCCACCUCGACCCGCGAGGUAAUUACCAAGUGAGCACCCACCUAACCGAACAAAAUGUCCAACCUCGCUGAUCCGGUCGCGUUCGCGAAAGAUUUCAUCGCUGGCGGUGUCUCCGCUGCGGUUUCCAAGACCGCCGUCGCGCCCAUCGAGCGUGUCAAGCUGCUGCUCCAAGUCCAGCACGUCAGCAAACAGAUCGCCGCUGACCAGCGCUACAAGGGUAUCGUAGAUGCUUUCGUCCGCAUUCCCAAGGAGCAGGGACUCCUCUCCUUCUGGCGUGGUAACUUCGCCAACGUCAUCAGAUACUUCCCAACCCAGGCGCUCAACUUCGCCUUCAAGGACAAGUACAAGCAGGUGUUCCUCGGAGGCGUAGACAAGAACACGCAGUUCUGGCGCUACUUCGCGGGUAACCUGGCGUCCGGUGGUGCCGCCGGUGCCACUUCCCUGUGCUUCGUGUACCCACUCGACUUCGCCCGUACCCGUCUGGCCGCCGACGUCGGCAAGGGAGACGGCCAGCGUGAAUUCAAGGGUCUCGGAGACUGCAUUGGCAAAAUCUUCAAGUCCGACGGUCUGACCGGUCUCUACAGAGGCUUCGGUGUGUCCGUACAAGGUAUCAUCAUCUACCGUGCCUCAUACUUCGGAUUCUACGACACAGCCCGUGGCAUGCUGCCCGACCCCAAGAACACACCACUUGUCAUCAGCUGGGCCAUCGCGCAGACUGUCACCACCGUUGCUGGUAUCAUCUCGUAUCCCUUCGACACGGUCCGUAGGCGCAUGAUGAUGCAGUCUGGCCGUGCCAAGGGCGACAUCCUGUACAAGAACACUCUCCACUGCUGGGCCACCAUCGCCAAGACCGAGGGUUCCGGCGCCUUCUUCAAGGGAGCCUUCUCCAACGUCCUCAGAGGAACCGGAGGUGCCUUCGUAUUGGUGUUAUACGAUGAGAUCAAGAAGCUUCUCUAAAUCUAAUGUAAGAAUUGUUACCAUAAUUUCAAUUUAUUGUGA